AUGCUGGGUUUAGAAGAGGAACUAAUCUUAGCUCGAGAGCGGCUCAAGGGUAUUCAACUGAAACGUAGAAGAGCGCGAACGCAGGCCGAUAACAUUGACCUGAUGUCUCUACCAACUACAGUGGCCAACAUUGAAGAGCAAAUCGAAGCCAUGGCAUCGGCCCUUGGCGGAGCCGAAUUUCGUAGGCUUGCAGGCGCGACAAAGGAUCAGAACAAUGCACUUCUGACUCUCUCCCUUGCGCGGGCAUUGCUGUACGAAGCUAAAGUAGGCCUUGUUGAAGCAAGGCUGCGUCGCCAUCGCCACACAGGCACCCGCCUACAACAGUACCUUGCAAAACAUCUGGGCGACAAGACUAAGAAUGUGCGGACCAAGUACCACACUUAUAUGAGGCGGGUAGAUAGUUAUGCCAUAGAUUUCCCAGACGCUGUGCAACCGCAAUCACCUGAACUUGCUGAAGUAAUGGCAAUGACUUUGGAUGACCCCUUUUGGAACCGAGGCGAACUCGACCCUGCAGCCGGUGAGGAGGAUGAUAUGAAUCGAAUAGGUAUUGAGAGCUUCCUGUCUCGAAGAAGUGCGGGUGAAGAGCUGCGACGUAUAGGUCGCGAAGCGCGGCAAAUGACUGCUUGGUCUAACAUGUACUAUGAACGCGUGGUCGCUCUGGGACGAAAGGUCGAUGAGGCGGUUGGUUCCAUCCAAAGUAGGUUGAGAUCGCUCUAUAAUAUUGUGAAGAGGCAGACUUGCAAGCUAUGGAAGCAAUGGGGACGCGACCUCCCCCAGCAGCUUCAAGAUACUGCCACAUAUCUCGAAGGUCAGCAUGACCUGGAUGAAGCAUUGAAAGAGAAAUUUGCAACAGUGACUUCCUGGGCUGAUCAAGAAUGGAAGACCUUGGCGGAAAAGCCCAUAAUACAAGCAGAGGAGCCUGACCUGUAUGAACAUGCAGAGGACCUGCAUUAUGAAAACCUUUACGACAUGAAUGGCGAAUUGUUAGAUUAUUUCUGA